AGCAACGUCCCAGCAUCGAACCCACCUGUGCAGUCUCUGCAUCAGAAACUCACUUCCCAACCCUUCUUCAGUGGGGAUACACCUGCUCCUUCCAAAGAUGGAGAUGCUCAAGGAGGAGCAUGAGGUGGCUGUACUCGGGGCGCCCCAGAGCUCGGCUCCCGUGACGACCACUGUGAUCAACAUCCGUAGUGAGACAGCCGUGCCCGACCACAUCGUCUGGUCCCUGUUCAACACCAUCUUCAUGAACUGGUGCUGCCUGGGCUUCGUGGCCUUCGCCUACUCCGUGAAGUCUAGGGACCGGAAGAUGGUGGGUGACAUGACUGGGGCCCAGACUUAUGCCUCCACCGCCAAGUGCCUGAACAUCUGGGCCCUGGUCUUGGGCCUCCUUCUGACCAUUGGCUCCAUUGUUCUUCUGGUGAUUGCCUGUGGUACACUCUACAGUGUAAUCUUAAAGUUGAUGCAGGGGAGCCGUGGGUACCACUAGGUGCUCAUGGCAGGAGAUCCAAGUCCUCCACCGUGCGCUGCUGGCCAUGUCCCUUAGCGUCCAGCCCUUUACACUGUGUUUAAACAGACUUGCCUGUCUACAGCUGAAUUCAAUAAAGUGCACUUGUGUGUGA